UUUCCUCAACACCAAACGAAGAAGGAUUAAAUUCCAGCUCCGGCAUCGCAGACCGUUAAAUUCUUCUCCUUUUAUUCCUUCUCAAUAACCCAAAUUUCGAUUCUCCAGAAAAAUCCCUAAAAUCCUUGGAUCAAGUAACUUUCCUCUAAAGGUCCUAGCUUGUGGUUGUUAGGCCUCUUGAUCAACCGAGUUUCAUGUCUGAUCCCGACGUCCAGAUUCCUAGUGCCUUCGAUCCCUUUGCUGAUGCAAAUGCUGAGGACUCGGGUGCCGUCGCAAAGGACUACGUGCACAUUCGUAUUCAGCAGCGGAAUGGUCGGAAAAGCUUGACAACUGUCCAGGGGUUGAAGAAGGAAUUCAGCUACAACAAGAUACUCAAAGACCUCAAGAAGGAGUUUUGCUGCAAUGGCACUGUGGUCCAGGACCCUGAAUUAGGCCAGGUUAUUCAACUUCAAGGUGACCAGCGUAAGAACGUCUCCACCUUCCUUGUUCAGGCCGGCAUUGUGAAGAAGGAAAACAUUAAAAUCCAUGGUUUCUAAGUUGCAGAUGCUUGAAUUUCUAGCUAAGGUCAUUCGUCUCGUGUUGAAGCGGGAAUACUACCUGAUUUGAGAUAAUAUCUAUUA